CCCACCAAGGUGAAAGUUGGAGGCGCAUAAAUCAGCAGGAGUGUCUCCCUAUCUCCCUCUCUCUCUCUCUCCAAAGGAGGAAAAGCUCUCUGUUCAGAGCUCUGUUUCUCCGGAGGAGCUCUACAUCUCUCCAUUCAUCUUCACUUUCGAGAGAAUCUAUCACCAAGAUUUAGGGGCUGAAACUGAACCGACUACCCAAAUCACAACCUUCUCUACAUUUCCUUCGGCAUCAUUAUCUGCCAUCUCGCUCUUUCUAUCUCUUCUGCUUGUUGAUGUUUUCAGAAGCAAAGAUCACUGUAUAAACGCUACCCACAAGCUACCAUUGGCAUUUAAAUCACAUCGUUUUGUAAAUUUUCACCAACACCACCGCCAUCAUCAUCGUCGUCAUCUAUCUCUCUCCGUCCCCUCUCUCUCUCUUUCUCUCUGUUUGUUGAUGUCUGCAGAAGCAAGCAUCACCGUAUUUGGAGAGGUUGAAACGCUACCCACAAACCAAAAUCCCUUCUUUCCUACCCAUUGGCCUUCCUCACGUAUACAUUUGUGAAGGAUCUCCUAAGAUGGAGGCAUGGUCGCUAGCGCUCAAGGCCUUGCCUGUGUCUUCUUCCUCCUCUUCUUCGCCUUCCUCGAAUCGUAAUGCUUUCCAUUCGGCAGUCCGUCCUCGGUCGACUUCGGUGGCCUUCCCAAAGCUGAACGCUCCCCGGGACCUCCGGCUCAAGUGCGCGACGGUGGGGGCGCCGGAGACCGCCCGCCUGCUGCCGGACUGGACGGUGGGCUUCGACAGGCCCGGAGAGGCUGAGGCCAAUGUGGGGCUUGGCGGCGAGGAGGAUCAUCGGAGGGCCGCCGUCGCUGUCCGGGGCGGGCUGGCGAGGGAGGCCGCCGGGCGGUUCGUCGUUCCCGAGAGAGCCAAAGUGGUGGGGCUCGUGGCCUUCGUCAUGUGCCUCUGCAACGCCAACAGGGUCGUCAUGUCCGUCGCCGUCGUCCCACUCUCCCUCCGCUACGGCUGGUCGAGCGCCUUCCUCGGCAUCGUUCAGUCUUCCUUCUUGUGGGGUUACCUGCUGUCAUCCAUAGCCGGAGGAGCCAUGGCGGAUCGAUACGGGGGGAAGAGGGUGAUGGCCUGGGGCGCCGCCCUCUGGUCGCUGGCGUCGUUCCUCACGCCAUGGGCGUCGCAGCACUCGACCGGCAUGCUCCUCGCCGUCCGCACCCUGUUCGGCCUCGCCGAGGGCGUCGCCAUGCCCUGCAUGAACACGCUGCUCUCCGGGUGGUUCCCACCCAACGAGCGUGCAAGUGCAGUGGGCAUCUCCAUGGCCGGAUUCCACGUCGGGAACGUCAUAGGGCUGCUGGUGGCUCCGCCGCUCAUGGCGACGCUCGGGAUCUCCGGGCCGUUCGCGCUUCUAGCGUCGCUCGGCUUCCUGUGGCUGUCCUUCUGGGUCCCCGGCGUCGCCAAUGAUCCGCAAGACUGCGAAAGCAUCAGCGCGUCGGAGCUCAGGCUGAUAGGUGCCGGAAAGAGAUCGGCGGCGGCCAAGAACAGAAAGCUUCCUAGCCUCAGGCAUUUGUUCUCCAAGCUGCCAACAUGGGCAAUCGUUUUUGCUAACGUUACAAACAACUGGGGUUAUUUCGUGCUCUUGUCGUGGAUGCCGGCGUACUUCAAGAUGGUUUUCAACAUCAAUCUGAAGCAGGCAGCGUGGUUCAGUGCACUCCCGUGGGGGAUGAUGGCAGUCUCGGGUUACAUUGCUGGAUCCAUCUCGGACUUUUUGAUCCAGUCCGGGUGUUCGGUCACUUCAGUGCGAAAGAUCAUGCAGUCAGUGGGCUUCAUAGGGCCAGGAGUGUCCCUACUCUGCCUGCGAUAUGCAACAACACCAACUGCGGCGGCGCUCCUCCUCACAAUAGCUCUCAGCUUCAGCUCCUUCAGCCAGGCAGGCUUCCUUCUCAACAUGCAAGAUAUUGCCCCACAAUAUGCAGGAUUCCUCCAUGGAAUAACAAACUCACUGGGGACAUUGGCAGCAAUAGUGAGCACAAUAGGGACUGGCUACUUUGUUCAGUGGCUGGGAUCCUUCCAGGCAUUCUUAACUGUGACUGCCUGUCUAUAUUUUGUAACCACAGUCUUCUGGAACCUCUUUGCAACUGGAGAGAGAGUCUUUUGAACACUCUAUGGACAUCUAGGAUCCCAUAAAACGCGAUCGAGUUCUUGAAUUUGGUCCUGUUUGAUCCAACAUCCGAACAUUUUGAUGUGCUGACUAUGAUAUUCUGCAGCUUUCCACCCCCUGAUUUAGCUGUCACAGGUUCUGCAAUAGCGACUGGAUCAUGCCCAAGAAUUUUCUUCCAGUGUGCUUUGCCAAGGAUCUUUGGCUUCGAUUGGAACAUGUGAGAGGUGCAUACCGUCAUGAAAUUUCAAUUUCAUGGUUUUCGAAUUUGUGGAGUUCUCAAACUUGUGGGCUACAAAAUUCUACGUAUAAGUUCUAGCAUGUAGUAGAUUCCAGUUUUUGCAAAUCUGCAACUGGAAGAAUUGUUUUGUAUAUAACUAAAUGUCGAUAUCAUAAAGGUCCUCUGUCCCUCUGCCAGUUCUGUUGUGGAUUCUUUGCUGAAACUUUCGAAUGGUGUAUAAACAUCUUUGGCUUCCAUAUAAAAUCUGCAACAAUGAAGUCUUUGUUA